AUGAGUGCUGCAGUGUCUCUCAGUAAGAAAUCUCCAAUUACUAACACUCAUCCCACUUUUUGUUGGCACUGGUUCUAGUACAGGUGGUUAGUUGGACCAACUUUGUGAGGCUGUCCUUUCCUGGGUCUUGAUCACUCACAGAUUCUCCUUAUACCAGCCCCACAGUAUCAUAUCUGUUGCGUAGAAGCACUUUGGGAGGAAUGGGAAGACCUGUCCCUCUGCUCUCAGCACAGAGAAGGGUACAGUCUCCCUGGUCUUGUGAGUAAGCCAAGUCCAUCAGCUCAGGGUUAGAAGCCAGCUUACUUUCCCUUUGCAAAGACUUAAGGCGGGGCUGUUGCUCAGCCCAUGUCACUGCACCAUACCAUGCAUCAAUCUCUCACUCAGAUUUCUGGAUACUACACUGCCUGGUGAGUUCCUCUCACAACACAGCAACUUUCCUAAAAAGACCAUCCAGCUGGAUAUACCUGCACCCACAACACCCACCUCUGCCUUCGGGUCCCAAGGGGCCUAGCAGAUUUUGGAAUUCCUUUCAACUUAGUGUGCAGGCAGCUACUUCAAUACUCAGAAGAUCUGUUUCUGUGCAGACAUCUGCCUGGGGAGACAGCAGCCCCUCUGGGUUUCAGCCUCAGCACAGCAGUGGCAGCAAACAGACAGCAUUUCUAUCAGAAACUGCUUGUACAGAAGAGAGUUGAGAGGGACAAGGAAAACAGUUCAGUUAUAUGCCUCCCUGGGAAUAGUGGCAAAUAGCAGGGGACAUUAAUAUCAAAGAGAGGACACAAGAAGGAAUUAGUUUCUCCAGCCAUCCCCUGCUGUGCUUACACUAAGUCCUGGCAGUAGUGGAAAUCAGCUACUUCUUUUCUCAGCUGUUGCCUCAAACUGAAAAGAGCUGCUAGAGUCUCCUUCAAGGUCACAUUGAGGAGGUGGGUCAGUCCCUCAACAGACUAUAUAGUUUCUGGAAAAGACAGUGCAAUGGUUUAUUCUGUGAGAAGCCUUCAUAUUUUAGAUAACCUCAGUCUGGUAGGUAUUUUCCUAAACAUUCCUGGCACAGCACAGGUAAUCAUGUUCUUCUAUCUGCAGACUGAAAUCAAUUGAGUUUGGCACAUACAUGUCAUCACAUUUAAGUUUUGACGACUGCACCUAAAUCCAAUUCAUUCUAAGUGUAGAAGUUUUGUGUGGCCCUGUGAACUAACUUCAAGUCCAUUGUCAUUUAAUUCUUUAACUAUUUGUGUUUUCUUUGGACAGUAUGAUACAACCACAGUGGGGAAAACUGUUUAUAGUUUUCAUCUGUUGAUACAAUUCAGUAAAAGUAUAGUUCUGUAAAGCAGACUUUUAAGUAAUGAUGUAUACUGGAAAAAUUGCAGGGAAUUUAAGAGAAUUUGAAAAGACAGAAAGAGAGCUAUAAUUCUAUUGGUAACAACAAAGAUUGUCACCUGAGUUUAGGACUGUGAAAUACAUUGACAAAUAACACAUUGCUCACGUACGAAAAAGAUAUGAAGCAAUAUAACAGUUAAGAUCUGACUAACUACAUACAUACAGAUACUUUCUGCUAUACAGCUGUGCAAGUAUAGUUAUACCCUGCUGGUAACAGUGACCAGUUGCCUUUGAACUUUAUUUAAAAUUCUUGAUGAUCAUCUGACUACUGAGAGGAUACUGGGAACAAGGAGCAGUCAGGUAGGAUUUCUUCUUUCCUCUAGCCUGAUUCACAUAUAUAAAGCUACCCUGGGGUUGGGACCAAUUUCUGGACAGUCUUUUGUUCCUAAGCUGGCUUUUCUGAACAGAGUUGAUACUACAUCAACGCUUAUCAUCCUAAAAGCACUUAUUGCCAACACUUGGGAUCAUCUAGACUUGGUAGCACUUCCUUUUCAAACUAGACCUUCCUUUGACUUUGCAUUUAGAGCUGCUUGGCCAUGUGCCGCACUCCUGCCUAUUACAUAUCUGGAUCCACAACUUCGGCAACUCAACAGAAACUCAAAACCCAGAAGAACUCUACUGAGAAGACUGCCCUUGUCGCUGGCAACUGGAAAUUAAAGACUUCCAGUCCCCAAAGUCAGGCAUCUAGGACACAGCUGCUCUCCAUGUACCCCCUGGAGACACAGGCAUAUCCUGACAGCACUGCAGGCCUGCUACCUAAUGCUGAGAGCAGGGCCUCACAUGAAAGCAGCUGCACCUACUUAGUGUUUCACCUGCAGCUGCCAAGGGAUGCUGCCUUGACAGGGCAGAUGCUACAGCUUCCAAGGAAGUGGGAGAUCAGAGAUUUCUCCUCCAUCUGGGAGGAGCAAAUCCCCAGCUCUCCCAUCCCGGGACAGGCCUCAGCCAUCUCUGCUCCUCCCAGGCCUUGCUCUUUGUUCAUGGUCUUCUGAACCAUGUCCUCAGAGCUGCCAAGGCCCUCUUGUCCCCUCCUUGGCCAGACCUAUAACCACUGGGAUGCAGGGCAUCACGUGGCACUCAGCAUCCUGAUUUGGAUGGUUUUGGGCUCCACGUUGAGUCCCAGACACCCAGAAUUUGGGUGCUGCACUGCCAGAGUCCUCCUCAGGAAAUAUCUUCAUGCACAGUUCCUGAUUAUUUUACCUUUUGCUUGUAUUUACUGAUGUCUUUCAAUAACCAAAAUGCCAAUGACCAGGAGAAGGAUGUGUUUAGAUCUGACAGGAUUUAGAGCAGCUCUGGUGACAGUGACCUUUUCCUAAAACUACAUGAGUCGCUCUCCAUGACUUCCAGCAUGUCUCCCUGGACCCAGUACCAGGAUUGCCUACAACAUCUAAUGCUCAGAUACAGAUAAGACUGUAUUGAUAAUUAUUCCUGCUGUAUGAAUGUGUAGAAGGUAUUUGUGAUGGGCAUUCUGGAUUGAGGAUAUACCAGAGUGCUGAUCACUCUGGGAGGAUAUGGUAUGGAGGGUAUGCUGCGUGUGAUUGUGUAUACAGCUGUGGCUGGGUGGAAUUGUGGGUGGGGCAGUACUGGAAGUGGCUCUGCUGAUUGCUGGCUAGCAAAUGUUGACAGUGUGAACGUGCAUAUAGGAAACAAGGUUUAUCUAAGACUGUGUGUUUAUGUGAUGGGAAGUGGAAAGAAAUAUUGUCCACUGAUGGAAAAACUGAGGACUGCAAGUCUCUUUGCCUAGGUUGCUUUCUGGACAUGUUGAUUUAUCUCUGGGACAGCAGAAUGGCUCUGGAAUUCUGCAGAAAGAGAAAUUUUUGCAAGAAUGAAAAAAAAACAUUGGUUUGCACAUUGAAUCUGUUUAUGUCUCUAACCACUCCCUGUUUAAAAGGUUUAUGAACAUUCAAAUAGCAUAGAUUUCUACCAGUUGAAAUAUUAGCAUAUUUCUCAGCUGUUUCAGCUUUUUCAGCUAUUUUUCUAUUUAUGCUACAGUAUGAUAGGACAGACAUGGAAAAAAGACAUGAAAAAACCAAACUAUUUUCCUGAAUUGCCAGUCUGGGAGCACUUUGAUGAAUUAAAACAUCAUCAUGCAAGAGGUGCAUCUCAGCUGCACUGACCUACAUAUCAGAAAUCACAAAACAGCUUAUGAACUACCCUAACAUUAUCUCAUUCACAGGCUUAUAAGAGUAUUUAUUGAAGAAUCUCCCACUUCUUUGCAAUUUUAAGUGCAAUUAUUGAUACAUCUGUGCACGAAUCUAUGCAUGCUAUUAUUCCAUUGUCAGAGGUGACCUCACAUCUCAAGACUUUAUUUCAGCUGGACUCCAGCUUCCUGCUAGUGUGACCAACUCUGUCUCCGGCAGUCACAUCACCAUGUCCUCUGGUGCUCUGGCACUAGUACUAUCAGCUUGAAGGAUGCACAUUACUUAUCUACUUUCGGGUUUUUACCAACGCAACCACCAGAUGUUUUUAGCAGUACUUAUUUUCUUUUUAAUGGCUUGUUUAAUGUAUUGAUCUAAGGUAUUUCUUAUAAAUUUCACACCAUGACAUAGAGAAGAUAAAUGUUGUCAUCCCCAUUGUACAGCUGGGGUAGCUGCAGCACACACAUACCAAGCAAUCCGCCCUGGGUCAUACAGUGAGUCGGUGGGAAAGCCAGCAAUAGAAUCCAUAAGUCCUGCAUCCAAGUUCUCUAAGUGCCUUGACUAGUCCAGAUUCCCUCCUUAACACCCUUGUCAAAUUGUUUAUAGGAGAUGUAUUCAUAUAGUCCGUAAGACAUCAAAAUUUUCUAAUUAUAUCUAGUCAUGUCAAAUGACAAUUAUGCCCUUAGUUCAGUUUGCCAGACAAUGCUUUGCCAAAGAAGGCUUGCCAAAAAUUUUUUGACCGAAGAAAGAGUAGGCAUCUGUAGCAUCUGCAGAUGGGAUCGUAUAAAAUGUCCCUGCAGCAAGACUGCCCCGUCUCCACAGAAAGCUUCAAGGUAAGUGUAUGGGGUCUGCAGCCGUGCAGGAGUCUUUGUAUGUUACAGCAUUCCUCUGCCUCCAGUGCUCAUUUCCAGGAGGAGACUCAAUUCCUCAGCUUUCAAGACACCUGCACAUUUUCACUCUGGAAUUCUGUGCAGCAACAAGUAGGGACUUGCCAUUUCUGUUUUGCAGCACUGACCAGCUGCCAGGCUGCAAGCCACCCAUCUGGUGUCACGAGAGGUAAGAACCUGAUUUAUUAAUGAUUUUGGGUGGGAUUUCUGUAUGGAUGAGCAAACAAUCAUCUUUUUCACCCUGUACUCAGAGCCAGUGUGAUUACAAUAGGCAGGUGGUGGGGUGCUCAUGGCUGGUAAGGUUUUCAAAUGGUUGUGUUUGUAUCUUCCUGCCUCUGAUGGCAGACCAGAAAAUUCCCUUUGGCAUACUCUUCAUUUCUGCUUAACUGACCAAACAGGGAGUGAAGAGUGCUGGCUUCACAUCAUGGCAGCAGUAGACCCGGAGAAAGAUGAACAAAGGAGGAAAAAGUGCAAAAUUGUACAUUCUUCCUCAGAAUGUGUUAAUAAAUCAUCUGAGAAUACAGACCAUCUAACCAUCUUUGUAAAAUGCCAGAGCUCUCUUAGAUAUCCAUUUACUUAAUCCAGACCAAAAACAAAACAAAACCUUCUUAGCUGAUGAACAGAGGGAAAAAAAUUCACUAAUGUAUCUAGAGGAUUUUCAAGUGCAGCUGGAGAAAUCUAGCUAUCCACAUGUUCAGCAAAGCAUCUAAAGAAGCACUCUUACUUUAAUAAAGUUUUGAGAACUCACCUGUUCUUGGUUUUUUUCUGUAAGUAUUUAUUUGUGAGCUUCAUGCAGCCAUGGCAAUUCCAAUUUCAGUGCUUGAAUUUUGUUUCACACAAGUCAGACCUUUGAAGAUGAGAUUAUUUAAAUAUUGUACUCAUGAAUGACAAAUGUAUAAACAAAUUAAAUUACAGCAGAGUAUCAAAAGUUCACAAAUUCUGCCCUUUUCUUUCUGUUGGCAACUUCUGUAACAACAUUAAUUUCCACUGCCUUCCUGUUACAAUUAUAGUUAAUAAGUAAAUGCCCCAUAGGUUCAAUGUUUUUCAAGAUUGUAGGUCCUUUAUACUACAUAUUUUUAGAAAUGUUUCUCCAUCUUUAAACAAAAUGUUCCACCUUUAUUUCAACCACUAGUAAUGAUGUCUUAAAAUAAAACUUGCUCAGCAGCUUCACUCAUCUUACAGACGUGGUAUUCUUAAAGGCCCAAGCCUACAAUAGUGAAAGAUGAUCAAAUGUUGCUCUCCUAGAAGUCUGAACACCUAGACUACAUCAGUUAUGACCUCUUGUUUCCUAAGUCAACCUAAAUCAAUCAAAUCUUCCAUUAGGACGUUAGAAGUUCCAUAAAGUACAGGUUGAAGAAAAAUGAAGUCCCAGUGAGUCUCCCAGUCUUAUAGAAUAUAUGUAAAUGAUCGGUGCCAUAUUACUUCUCCCUGUUAGAGUAUUCUGCUGAGGUGUCUUCAGUGAAGAGCAGGCAUGACUUCUUCAGAUGCUGAGAUGGCUGUCUUUGGGGAGGCAGCUCCCUACCUCCGAAAGUCAGAGAAGGAAAGAAUCGAGGCCCAGAACAAACCUUUUGAUGCCAAGUCAUCUGUCUUUGUGGCCCAUCCAAAAGAAUCCUUUGUGAAAGGGACAAUCCAAAGCAGGGAAACAGGGAAGGUCACCGUCAAGACUGAAGGGGGAGAGACUCUAACCGUGAAAGAAGAUCAAAUCUUCUCCAUGAACCCUCCCAAGUAUGAUAAAAUUGAGGACAUGGCCAUGAUGACCCACCUCCACGAGCCCGCUGUGCUGUACAACCUCAAAGAGCGUUAUGCAGCCUGGAUGAUCUACACCUACUCAGGCCUCUUCUGUGUCACUGUCAACCCCUACAAGUGGCUGCCGGUGUACAACCCGGAGGUGGUGUUGGCCUACCGAGGCAAAAAGCGCCAGGAGGCCCCUCCACACAUCUUCUCCAUCUCUGACAACGCCUAUCAGUUCAUGCUGACUGACCGUGAGAAUCAGUCGAUCCUGAUCACCGGAGAAUCUGGUGCAGGGAAGACUGUGAACACGAAACGUGUCAUCCAGUACUUUGCAACAAUUGCAGCUAGUGGGGAGAAGAAGAAGGAGGAGCAGCCUGGCAAAAUGCAGGGAACGCUUGAGGAUCAAAUCAUCAGUGCCAACCCAUUGCUGGAGGCCUUUGGAAAUGCCAAGACUGUGAGGAAUGACAACUCUUCACGCUUUGGGAAAUUCAUCAGAAUUCACUUUGGUGCCACAGGAAAACUAGCUUCUGCAGAUAUUGAAACAUAUCUACUGGAGAAAUCUAGAGUCACUUUUCAGCUGAAGGCAGAAAGAAGCUACCACAUAUUUUAUCAGAUUAUGUCCAACAAAAAGCCAGAGCUAAUUGACAUGCUUCUAAUUACCACCAAUCCAUAUGACUAUCACUUUGUGAGUCAAGGUGAGAUCACUGUUCCCAGCAUCAAUGAUCAAGAGGAGCUGAUGGCUACAGAUAGUGCCAUUGACAUCCUGGGCUUUACUGCUGAUGAAAAGGUGGCUAUUUACAAGCUGACAGGAGCUGUCAUGCACUAUGGCAACCUGAAGUUCAAGCAGAAACAAAGAGAAGAGCAAGCAGAGCCAGAUGGCACGGAAGUUGCUGACAAGGCUGCCUACCUGAUGGGUCUGAACUCAGCAGACCUGCUCAAGGCCCUGUGCUAUCCCCGUGUCAAGGUUGGGAAUGAGUAUGUGACCAAGGGUCAAACUGUGCAGCAGGUGAACAACUCAGUUGGUGCUCUGGCAAAGGCUGUCUAUGAGAAGAUGUUCUUGUGGAUGGUUGUUCGCAUCAACCAACAGCUGGAUACCAAGCAGCCCAGGCAGUACUUCAUUGGUGCCAACAGUGAAGUGGCCCAGUGGAGAACCAAAUAUGAGACAGAUGCUAUUCAGCGCACAGAGGAGCUGGAGGAGGCCAAGAAGAAGCUGGCACAGCGCCUGCAGGAUGCAGAGGAACACGUUGAAGCUGUGAAUGCCAAAUGCGCUUCCCUGGAAAAGACAAAGCAGAGGCUGCAGAAUGAGGUGGAGGACCUGAUGAUUGACGUGGAGCGAGCAAAUGCUGCCUGUGCAGCUCUGGACAAGAAGCAGAAGAACUUUGACAAGAUCUUGGCAGAGUGGAAGCAGAAGUACGAGGAAACGCAGGCUGAGCUGGAGGCCUCCCAGAAGGAGUCUCGCUCCCUCAGCACGGAGCUGUUUAAGAUGAAGAAUGCCUAUGAGGAGUCCCUGGACCACCUGGAAACGCUGAAGCGUGAGAACAAGAACUUGCAGCAGGAGAUUUCUGACCUCACGGAGCAGAUUGCAGAGGGAGGAAAGGCGAUUCAUGAGCUGGAGAAGGUCAAGAAGCAGAUUGAGCAGGAGAAGUCUGAAAUCCAGGCUGCUCUGGAGGAAGCUGAGGCCUCCCUCGAACAUGAAGAGGGGAAGAUCCUGCGCCUCCAGCUGGAGCUCAACCAGGUCAAGUCUGAGAUUGACAGGAAGAUAGCAGAGAAAGAUGAGGAAAUUGACCAGCUGAAGAGAAAUCACCUCAGGAUUGUGGAGUCCAUGCAGAGCACCCUGGAUGCUGAGAUCAGGAGCAGGAACGAAGCCCUGAGACUGAAGAAGAAGAUGGAGGGAGACCUGAAUGAAAUGGAGAUCCAGCUGAGCCAUGCCAACCGUGUUGCUGCAGAGGCACAAAAGAACCUGAGAAACACACAAGGAGUGCUGAAGGAUACCCAGAUACACUUGGAUGAUGCUCUCAGGACACAGGAGGACCUGAAAGAGCAGGUGGCCAUGGUGGAGCGCAGAGCAAACCUGUUGCAGGCUGAGAUUGAGGAGCUACGGGCAGCCCUGGAGCAGACAGAGCGCUCCAGGAAAGUGGCUGAGCAAGAACUGAUGGAUGCAAGUGAGCGUGUGCAGCUCCUCCACACUCAGAACACCAGCUUGAUCAACACCAAGAAGAAGCUAGAAACAGACAUUGCCCAAAUUCAGAGUGAAAUGGAAGAUACCAUCCAGGAAGCCCGCAAUGCUGAAGAGAAGGCCAAGAAGGCCAUCACCGAUGCGGCCAUGAUGGCAGAAGAGCUGAAGAAGGAGCAGGACACCAGCGCCCACCUGGAGAGGAUGAAGAAGAACCUGGACCAGACGGUGAAGGACCUGCAGCUCCGUCUGGAUGAAGCAGAGCAGCUGGCCCUGAAGGGAGGCAAGAAGCAAAUCCAGAAGCUGGAGGCCAGGGUGCGGGAGCUGGAAGGGGAGGUUGAUGCUGAGCAGAAGCGCAGCGCUGAAGCCGUGAAAGGUGUGCGCAAGUACGAGAGGAGGGUGAAGGAGCUGACCUACCAGUCUGAGGAAGAUCGGAAGAACAUUCUCAGACUCCAGGAUCUGGUGGACAAACUGCAGAUGAAAGUGAAAUCCUACAAGAGACAGGCUGAGGAGGCUGAGGAGCUGUCCAAUGUCAAUCUCACCAAAUUCCGCAAGAUCCAGCACGAGCUGGAGGAAGCUGAGGAGCGGGCUGACAUUGCAGAGUCACAGGUCAACAAGCUCCGAGCAAAGAGCCGGGAGUUUCAUGGCAAGAAGAUAGAAGAAGAAGAGUGAGGAUGUCAUAUGACAACAAAAUGGCCUGAGGAAUGCACAAAAUGCAAACCCUCUGUUGCUAUCACUUACAAUUUAUCUUUACAACCACCUCAAUGUCUAGACAAUAAAAACUAUAGCUUCC